AAAAUGGCAGAAUUAAAUGCUAGGAAAUUCUGAUUUUAUUUCUUGGAUUAUUUCUUGUUUGUUUUCAUGAUCGGUGUUUUUUCUUGUCAUCUAUGAUAUCUUGAAUUGAUCCCCGAUUUUUAGAAUCUAUCAAUUUUGAAUGAUGUUUUCUGAAUGUGAUGAUGAUUUGUGUAUUUUUGUGUGUGGAACAUGCAAACGAUACUUCACUCAAUUAUCAGCAUUCUCACAACACAAGAAAGAAAACAUAUGUAAGAAAAAAUCACCUGGAGGGGUUUUAUUGAAAGAUAGCAUAGUUGGGAAACAUUCUGCUCAAGAAACAUCUGAGGAGAAUGAGACAGAUGAAAAUGCUACAGCAGGAAACAUGAAUGAAACACUGAAUGAUGCUGAAGAUAACUCCCAGAGAAAAUAUCCGAGGAAGCAAGACAAAAAGCUCAUCAAGCGAACGAUUCGUGAAUUGGAGAGCGAACAACUUCUCAGCCCAGAGGGAAAACUGAAUGUAAAUACUUUAUACACGUCUACCGCUCAGGACACUUCAACUGAUAACGCUCUAGCUCUGGUUUCACCAGAAAUGCAACGAUCAUGCAAGCAUCCUGUCUAUGUGUGCAAAUCGUGUCAUGCAGAAUUUCCCAAUACGAACGGGCGUCUUUUUAAAUGCGUCGAUUGUCGUCGUGGUUUUUACACGGAAGCUGAUCUUAAUCAGCAUAUGGUGCGUGCAAAGCACAACAACCUUUGCGCGGUUUGUGGCAAAAUUUUCCCGGACAAAUACAAAUUGCGCAAACAUGAGUUGAGCCACGUGACCGAGAAGAACUUCCGGUGCGAAGAACCCGGGUGCACGAAGUCUUUCAAGAGCGCCGAAGACGUGCGAACGCAUGUACGUUACGUUCACGCAGUGGAAAAACGUUUCCAUUGCACGCAAUGCUCUCGUGCGUUUACACGCUUAGAUAAAUUUAAGUUGCACAUGAACACGCACGGAAUAUCCUUGAAACCAGGCCCACUCUCCCCAUCUCAAACAGCAAGUGCGGUAAAAACCCCACUGACUAACACCCUAGCGUUGAAAAGCUCGCCGGAUGAAGAGACCUCCGGAUCUUUAGCUCUAUAUCACUCUUCGAAUGAAACUGGGGUCACUGAAGUUGUAAGGACGGAUGAAAUUUCCACUGGCGAUGCCAACUCCCACUCCUCACCUCUUCAUUUGAAUGCAACAGCAUCUAACGAGGUGGAUGUCCUUCGAAAAACGGAUGCAUUGGAUGACGGUUCUGCACUUAUAGCUUAUUCAUCUGAAUCAAGCGGAUUUACUAACAGCAAUCAUGAAAACUCUACUGACGGACAUGACAAUCAAACGAUGGACUCGGGUAGCCUGUCGAAGUCAGAGACAAGUCAAGAAUGCGAGAAAUGCCUUACCCGUUUUCAGACGUCUAUGGAGUUUCUCGCGCACGAAGAAAGACGUGCCGAUGACGUGCUGCGGUGCGAAAACUGCUCGGGAAAAUUUUUAAGCAUCUGCGAACUAGGCUCUCACGUCAAGGAACAGCACGGAGUUCAAUUCCUACCACAAGUUGAAGUAAAACCACCCAAAGAGACUCCGCCAAAGAAGGAGCGAAAACACUUUUGCCAGGAAUGCGGAAAAGGUUUCACCCGCCCUGAUAAAUUGAAACGGCAUACAAUAAUUCAUUCGCCCGACAGACCUUGUAUACCAUGUACUUGCAAGGAGAGUCACGGAUGUGAGCGUACAUUUUAUCGCAAUGACUCAAUGAAACGCCAUGCUCUAACUCACACCUUGGACAAGCCUUACACUUGUGAGGAAUGUGGUAAAAACUUCUCCCGCCCUGACUACCUCACGAAACACAUUGGACAUGUCCAUAAACGAGCGUUUAAACAUCUCUGCACCUUGUGUGACUAUGGCACGCGAGAAGCAAAGCGCUUGAAAAUACACAUACGGAGUAAACACGAGCUCGACCCAGACCUUUUUCUGUCGACUGAUGGGUCUGAAAGUGCUCUGGGCCCCUCCAUGGCAAACCAUAAUGAAACGGCCUCUACAAACGCCAACGAGUCUCCCAUAGACAUACAGUCCCCCCGAGAAAUUGACCCCUCUAUCCGUGAAAUAUCUUCACCGAACCAGGAAAUUAGUUCACGUAUUAGUCACAUUAGCCCCGAGGAAAUUUACCAUACGAAACGAAACCCCGGUGAGUAUAUCCCUCGAGAUGUGACACCUCGCGGAAUUACUCCGGGAGAAGUAGGAAAUAGUCCUUCCGUUAUAGACUCAAGAGAAUUGGUUCAAAACCCAGAAAUGAUGGGCAACAGCGCACAUUUGACACCGAAUAUCGGAGAAGCGACCCCGAAUAUCGGAGAAACAAACUCGGCUGUAAUUGAACCACUAACCAAUGACCUAAGUCCUCCAGAUUUGCAACCGCACGGUAUGGAUAUAGACCGGCACCCAAGAGAAAUGAGUCCACCGAGUGAAGAAAUCCACCAGGGUACCGAAAAUAUCGAUUCCGCUGAUCGAUAUCAACGUGGUAGUAUGGAAACGCAAGGUAGCCUUGGUUCCCCCCGCGUUUCAGAAAGUCCCAGCCCAGUCACCAGACAGUCGGUUAUUAGCCAGGAUCUUGGCGUACCUGAACAACGCUGGAUACCAGAAUUCCAAGAUGUUACUCGGCAUAAUUUCACCGGCGAAAAUCGGCGUUCAGAAUUUUUGGGCGAUCAAACGGUACGAUCUCGGUACCCCUAUGGAUAUCCCCCUCAAGAUAUGCGUCCACAGUAUUCGAUGUCAUCGGAUUUCACUGCAAUGGGCCACCAAUCUGGACUAACGCAGUUCCCGCCUCAUCAACCAGUGUUCAGUGUGCCGUUUCCGGGUGGAGGCACCCACGUACAAAACUAUGAACGAAAGACACCAUUGAACAGCCGACCUGUGUCAUCGCAAUCACCAUAUUGGCGUUCCUAAGAAGCUAAGAGGUGGCCAAACAAGCACCAGACCAAUAAAAAGGAACAUUGCAAAAUACAGUUUUAGCAAAGAACAUUCCGUGAUUGAAAGAGUGGUUGUAUCCUAAGUCCUUGCUUAAAGGGCCUGCUAUAUCGAGAGGGUAUUUUUGUUCAACUUGUGGCGCGUCAAAGACGUUUAAAAUUGAUUUAUUUGCGCUAUAAAAAGCGUUUAUAUUUGAGCGGCGUAAAAUACUGCUUUGAAACUUCGAAACCGUUUCAAGUAGUAAAGAGACUAAAAAACUGCGUAAGUUUUCUACUUUUCGUCACUUCAUUCUGUCAGGUUUGUUGACAGACCAUAGUCAAUGGAGAUAUCAUCUGAAAACCCGGCAAACUAUACAAAGCGUCUGUAAUUUUUGCUUGGUAAUAUAUUAUUCAACAGUAUGGUUGAAUAAUUUGAUGAUGGUUCUUAAGCCUGAUUCUCAUAUGUCACCGACGGUCGGCGACUGCUUUGUUAUUUUAUAUAAAUUUUCUUCGUCAACGACCACAAAGAAUCAGGCUUUACCAACAUCAUAUGUUCACCAUAUUCAUUUGGUACAAUCGACAAGGAAAUCUGUAAGUUUUAUGGUCUGUUGAGCUGUAGAACUUCGAAGUGGCACCGCCAACACGGCCGCUUCGAUGUCAUGUAAAAACCAUUUCCAUUCACCACUGCAUAAUUUCAUAAAUAGGGAAUUUAGCCGGUUUCCAGAGCACAGUUUGACUAUGGCGAGGUGUGCAUUAAUUUGUUUAACCGAAUUAGAAUAGUUAGAUUUGAUUAUUAAAGUGGACUAGCACGAGUGCAUGUGUAACUUUAUCCGAUAGAGUUUCAAUUGUAGAUAUUGGGAAUUUUUGCAUUGAAAAUUAAGAAUGAUUUUCCAUUAUCUAGUUAAACUAUUAGGCUUCUAAGUCCAUACAAUGUGUCAGUGUGUCUAGUUUCAUACAUAUAUAUUGACCAUGACAAGUAACUAAACUUGUAUAAAAAUAGGAAAGUUUAUCUCAAAAACCAAUAAUCGUGUUGUAAGCUAAUAUUACCGUGUACCUUAUAUUAUGUAAAUAUUAUUCUUUCAGUGAUUGUAUGAAUUCUCGAAUAUGAUUGUAUCCAAAUGAUUUUACACCACCAUUUUAUUCAUGUGGUAAU